AUGAAACCAGCCAGACAAAAGAAGCGUGGACUCCCUGGAAUUAAAACCGGAAAGAAAGCAAGCAGACGAGGAGCAAAGACUUCUGUGACAAUCUGACAUCUUUUUCACACAUAUAUAUAUACAUAUAUAUAUGUGUGUGUAUAUAUAUAUUUAUUUUUUUAUUAACUGAGUUAGAAAAAGCCUUAAAACAUCCCAACUUCACAAACAUUUUCCUCAGGGACAAGCUACACAAGUACAAGCAGCGAUGGUGCCCUCUCUCCUCCAGGCCUACAGGAGGCGUUGGUGGAUGGCGGUGACGGCAGUGAUCGAGAAUCUGCUGUGCUCGGCCGUGCUCUUGGGUUGGGGCUCGCUGCUCAUCAUGCUGAAGCGAGAGGGCUUCUACUCGCACCUUUGCUCAGAUAACGAUUCGGUGGUGGUGUCUUUCGGCAACUCGUCCGACGGUGAGGUGGAGGAGUGGCUCAGCUGUGUGGACCAGGAGGAGAUGUUGAAUCUGGGCUUCACCAUCGGCUCCUUCCUGCUCAGCGCCACCACCUUGCCCCUUGGGAUUCUGAUGGACAAGUUUGGACCGCGCCCCAUUCGCCUGACGGGGAGCUCAUGCUUUGGUUUGUCCUGCAUCAUGAUGGCCGUAUCUGCCUACAACCCUCCAACGCUGUCAGCCCUCAUCUUUCUGGCUCUGUCCAUGAACGGCUUUGGAGGCAUCUGCCUGACCUUCACCUCCCUCACGCUGCCUAAUAUGUUUGGUGCCCUGAGCUCCACCAUUAUGUCUCUGAUGAUUGGCUCGUACGCCUCGUCUGCUGUCACCUUCCCUGGAGUCAAGCUCAUCUACGACGCCGGCGUGUCCUUCGAGGUGAUCAUGUGGGCCUGGGCGGGCCUUGCUGGGUUUGUCUUUGCUAACUGCUUCGUAAAUUGGCCCACGGAAGGUUUCCCGACGCCCGAAGAAGUCGAUUACAGUAAGAUCCUCACACUGCAAGAGCCGCCGUCGUCAGACCAGAAGGUCGUUGGAGACACAUUGAGGGAAAAGAAUAGCGACGUCCAACACUCCACGGAGGAACUUCCCAAAGGAGGCGAUGUUGUGCCCAAUGCCGUUCCAUUCCGCCGCUCCGUCUUCUCCCCCAUCUUCCUGUGGAGUCUCGUCACCAUGGGGAUGUCGCAGCUGAGGAUCAUCUUCUUCAUGGGCGCCAUGAACAAGAUGCUGGAGUUCAUGGUGACGCACGGCGAAGAACACCCAUCGGAAGACUUGGUGAUUGAGAGUGCAGAGAAAGUGAGUUUCUACUCAUCCAUCUUCGGCACCCUGCAGCUGCUGUGCCUCGUCACGUGUCCUUUGAUCGGUUACAUCAUGGACUGGAAGAUGAAGGAGUGUGAAGAGGACAAGCCUCUCGCAGCAGGCAGUAAAAAGAGCCUGACCAGCAGGCCCAAGCGAGACCGCAAGAUCCAGAAGGUGACCAAUGCCAUGAGGGCCUUCAUCCUUACCAACCUGCUGCUCAUCGCUUUCGGGUGCUGUUCCCUCAUCGACUGCCUGCCUCUACAGAUCCUGACCUUCAUCCUUCACACCAUGGUCCGGGGCUUCAUCCAUUCCUGCUGUGGAGGCCUCUAUGCUGCUGUCUACCCGUCCAACCACUUCGGCACACUGACAGGCCUCCAGUCCAUGAUCAGCGCGGUGGUCGCCUUGCUCCAGCAGCCACUCUUCAUCGCCAUGGUCGGCCCACUCAAAGGAAACCCCCACUGGAUCAACGUGGGCCUUCUGAUCCUCUCAUUGACCGGCUUCCUGUUGCCUGGUUACCUGUUCUUCCACCGCAGAUCUAUGACGAGGGAAAAAGAGGCCCGUGACAAAAGUGCUGCCGACCAAGAGAUGCAAGCACUCAACCACACGGAGGCCAACGGUUACAAGCACCAGGGCAACGGGCAGGCGGCCGUCGAGGCUUAAAACUCACCAAUAGAAGCAAGGAUUUAAGGAAAUAUAGAAUUUAUUUUUGUACGUACCUUCAUAACGAGCAGCAAUAUGUCCAAUGUUUUGGGGGUCAUUGCAAACCAUAUCAUAGCUAAGAUAGGACCCAAACCCCCCUUUCCCACCCCUAGGCUCGCCCGUCUGCGCUUUGACUGAGUGUGUAAGCUGCGUUCAUGCUGUGGUGGGAUGUGGGUGCAAACUGUGUCACCAUCAUUUGUUAUUUAUUGGGGUUGAUGUUGGCACAGGGCCAAAUGAGUGUGAUCCAAAGCCAUACCCAUGGGUUCUACUCAACAAUGCACACGCCCACCCUGGCGUGGCCUCAGUGUUACACUGCGAUGUCGCGGUACUUGAAACACUUGAAUUGAGUUUUCAAAGAAUUAUUAUUGCAAUCCUCGCGAACACCAAAGAGCAACCUGGAAAAUUGUAGAAAUGUUUUGUUUUUUUCAGUAUUGUUUGAAGUCUUCUGAAGUUUCUAGUGCAUUAUUAUUGUUAACCAUGCUUUCUCCACUGAGAUCCAAUUCAAAAACAUCCCUAAGGUAGGAAACAUGAUCAAUAACGACUAACUCUGCAGAUAGACCUGGUUCUAGAGACACCAUAUCUACCUCCUCCAUUUAAUUAUUUUGUACUGUCUCUUUGCAGCCGACCGCACAAUCUGUCCACUUAUUAUUAUUAUUUUUUUAACAGUAGAAAAGAAUUCCCAAAACAAAAAGGCCAAUUGACUGAUUAUUCAAUGAAUACAGUGUCAAUGUUGUUUAACACUUUGUACUGCUUUAUGCACAGAAAUGAGAUAGUGUGUAUAAAAUAUGUAUUUUAAGUGUUUUUUUUUUUUUUUGUUAUACUAUAGUUGCAGUAGAAGUCAAAAGGGAAGCAUUUGUUGGACCAGCAAAUGUUUUGUAGUGUGCCAAGAUGAUUGCCUGCCUUUGCUUUGCUGUUCCUUUUUUUUGUCACGUCGUGUUGAUUCACGAGUAAGAAUCCUGCCAAAAUAAUCGACUUUCUGUAAAUAGCCGUGAGGAGUGUUGUUUUUCGUGAUAUUUUCUUCUUACUUUACCACAUAGUGUGUGUAGUUUGUUGCCGUGUAUUAACCAGAAGAUGCUUGUUGUGCUUCAGUGUUUUAUGUAGUUAGUAGUAUCAGAUUGGAUGAUUACGAUCAAACCUCCUGUAAGAUUGUACAGUUUGAACUUAUGCAAUCACUUUGUAAAGGAUGAUUUGUUUUGACUCAAUGCAUUUCAGGGUCACCACGGGUUGAUUUUAUGACUGUCGAGAUGUGAUGCAUUUAUUUACGGUUUUCUUUCCUUUUCUUACUAUAUGGAAUGCACGGAUUGUGUAUUUUGUCUAAACCCUGUGCCUUUCUCUGACAUUUGGCUGCAUGGCAAAACUGACUCGAAGAACAAAACUGCCAAACUAAAUCAAGUGUGUUUGGGAGUGUAAACUGCACAGAAGUGGUCAAAGUUACAGCGCUUGCAUGAGAAAGAACACAAAGCGAAAUACAUGUGUAUAUCUUCUGAAGUGUCUGUGACCUAAACUUAGAAUGUUAAAUUGAAUAUUAUCUGCAUCAUCUGAACUGAUACAAUGCUUUUUUUUUUUUUUUUAGUCUAUUCCAGGGAGGGAAGGUUUCGCGCAACAUUUAAUCAACACCUCUGACAUUGUCCUUUGCUUUACUCUAUAUAUUAUCAAUCCCGCACAUUUGUUAAUGUAAUCCUGCUUGACGUAAUUAAUCCUAGACACAGUCAUUUUUAACCACCUUGUGCAUUUGAUAAAUAAAUACAUGUAUGAGAUAAAACUGUCUAAAAUAAGUUUUAUUUACAAUUGCUCCAAAACACUUUAGCCUAUAAAUUCACAGCAAAGUGGCUCAAUGUCCUUAUAUGCACAAUUAAGCCCAAAACUAUUCAAACCUCGCCAAAUUUUGAGCUAAAAGGAUUUUUUAUUCAGCCUAGGUUUGAAUAAUUUCGGGCUUGAUUGUACAUGCCUGGUCGUAUUGCUGAGAAAUUAAGCUAUGAGGCGUAUGUUGAAGUGAGCAUUAAAGAUUGUAACAAAAGUUCAUUUGUGUUGGAAAUAGGGUGAAACAUUAUUACAGAAAAGUCAACGAGGGACACAGAUCACAACAGCUUGCCAUCAGCAUACUUUGAAUAAUACAGGUAUCUGUGCAACACUCACACACAUAGUCACUUGAAGGCAUACACGUGGGCUCGGGCCUAUCUGAGGCUGUUGGGCUGUGAGCCGGCCAGGCCAGUGUGAUCAGGGCUGUGGCGGUU